AUGCAAAGAUUUGGAGAAGGAGAAUAUUUUGCAUCUCAUUCAUCCCUUUCAAGAUUAUAUGGAAGUGCACUGUUAUUGACAUAUGUCAUCGACUCAAGACAAGUAUCAAGAUUUCCUUUUGGGUAUGUUGUUAACAACAGGUUAAAUGACACGCUAUGUCUUCCUAUAGCCUGCUUUCAGUUUAAUCAACCCGAAGGAUUUAAAUUUGAUAAUUUAAUUAAAGAGUCUCAAAGCAACUAUUGUCAAUAUCUUUAUCAUGGGCUAGGCAUUCCAGCUAAGAGUUAUCUUAUUGAGAGAGUUUUGCUCAUGCUAUCUCGUUUAUCUGGUAAAGGCCCUAAAGAGAAUUGUGGUAUUGUUAAAAACACAGAUUUUAAGUGCUAUUUCACAUGGUUUUAUGAAACAACUCAAGGAGUGAUUAAGUUAGGGGAAAGUGAUUCAGAAGCGUUAACCCUCUUACUCAAUCACGAACACACAACAGGACUUGUUCCUAUUAAUUUAGAAGUUGGACGUGUAUUAGUUGAUUUAAAGAGUAUGUGCAUAUUUAUUGAUAACUAUCCUUAUAAGUUAAUUUUUAUGAAUGAUAGUUUGUCUUGA